AUGGCCCACGCAGGCCUCAUCCAGACCAGUUUGAUCUGGGUCGCUUAUGCCGUUGCCGUAGGCCUCUGCUUGAUUGCAGCCAUCAUCACCACAUUUACAUGGCAGACUCCCCGUGAACGAUCGGCCGUCGUCAGCAUCGUCGCUAUUGUCAGUUUGACUUCGUUGCUCGCAACAGUCCUAUUACUUCCCGUCGAUAUCGCUCUCGUCUCUGCCACUACCUCCGCAACACUUGGUGCCAAGAAGGACUGGGCCACCCCCGAACGUGUCGACAGUAUCCUCUACACACUCAAGGUCGUCUACUACAGCUUAUACAGUUUCGAUGCAAUCCUCUGUCUCAUCGUCAUUCCCUUUGCCUACUUCUGGCAUGAGGAGUACGACGAGAUCGAGGUAGAGGAGGAGGGCCGAACGCUAGGCAGCCGCUUCCUGGCCGCAGCCAAGUACACCCUCUUCUUCGUCGCCUUCGUCGUGGUUUUGUUUCUGCUAGGCUUCUUUGUCCCUGCCGCUGGUGACAGCUCUCAGUCUCACUGGGAUCUCGACUACUUCAAGAAGCUCGUUGCUCAAAACCAUGGUGAAAAGGCCUUGACGUUUGCCCUGGGUCUCUUGCUCACAAUGGGUACACUGCUCUACGUUGUCUACACUGGUGCUGGCCUUGCUCUUCUCCCCAUUUCCUUCAUCAAGGCUGCACCUUCAAUCUCAGCUCCUCAACUCCAUCAGUCAACCACUACCCAGCUCGAACAGAACCGUGAACGUCAGCGACAGAUCGAGAUGCGCAACGCUGGCCGACAAGAGGAAAUGUCCCGAAAGGAUCAACGCGAGUUGGAUGCCCUGGUCCGAGAAGAACAGACAUUGGUCCGACGUGAGAGACUCGCAUCUGAAGCUCAAGGCGAAGGCCGCAGCAAGGUCUACCAGGCUUGGAUCAGGGUGUGCGCCGUUUUUCGACCUAUCAAGCUUAUCGGUGGAAUUUUCCUGAUGCUCCUUUCUGUUGUUAUCUGGGUGUCUAUGCUCAUCACUGGCAUUGACAAGGCCAAGAACUCGGUCUGCAAGCAAAAGUGCGGUUACAUCCUGGGUCAGAUCCAUGUUUUCCAGCCCAUGAACUUUAUCUUUGUCAAGGCCGCCAAGGCUUUCCCUGUCGACUAUGUCCUGAUGGCUCUGCUUGUGUUGUUCUUCUUCAGCAGCUCCAUCUCGGGAAUUGCAACCGUGGGCAUCCGAUUCCUCUGGGUCCGCAUCUUCCAGAUUCGCAAGGGCAGGACGGCGCCUCAGGCUCUUUUGAUUGCCACUGUUAUGCUGGGACUGAUCAUUUUGGCUAUGAACUACGGUAUCGCCAUGCUGGUUGCACCUCAAUACUCCAUCUAUGGAACUCAGACUUUCUGUACCAACGAGCCCGCUCAUCCCGGAGAGCAGCCCGACUGCAGCGGCCACAAGGACAUGAUCCGCGCUUGUUCCGAGGCACUCAAGUACCAGCAUGCUAAGGAUGUCUGCACACCGUCAGUGAUGUCAACGUUCCUCAACCGCAUCACCAUCACAUGGCCAUUCUUUGGUCUGGUCGACUUUUGGGCCCAGUUUGCCUUCCUUGGUGUAUUCCUUGUUGUCUUUGUCACAGCCCUUUUCCGCACACCCAAGCUCGACCUCUCUCAAAUUGACGAGGAAGCCGAGGCAGAUGAAGAAGAAAGCCUCCUCGCGUCUACUGGUAGACGCUUUGGUGCUACUUGGCAGGAUGUCAGAGGAAAGGUCGGCAGCUCAGGAAACGAUGCGAAUAACGGCAACGGAUCACAAUCUGCUGCUUGA